GAUAUGGAUUAGAAUACGCCGUACAGAGUACAGAGAGCUCACUCGUGCCUUAAUUCCUAAUCGUAUACUUCAAAAUCCCUAUGGCUUCCACUUUUGCAUCUCCUAUGAAUGCCGAAAGACCCACAUCGCGAGCGGGCAACGUCUGUUUGUCCUGCCGGCGGAAGAAAAAGAAAUGCGACAAGGCGCUGCCUGGGUGCCUCCAAUGUCGGAAGUUGCAUAUACAAUGUAUAUACGAGGACGUUGAUAGUGUACCCAUGGUAGAGGAGUUCCGCCAGCUGAGGAAAAGACUAAAGACGUUUGAGGGGAUGCUCAUUCCUGGAACGUCCAAAAUUUCUAACUCGGCUCUCCUAGAUGAUAGUGCAUCGUCUGCUGAGAUAACGAGUCAAUUGGGCUCGACUGACAGCUGUACUGACCUCGUUUCGCGUCUCGAGGCGGUAGCCUCGACGCUGGAAGUGGGUGAUGAAGUCUACCAACUCCUUCAGUCGCAUCCAGGAGAGAUAUAUGGGGCAUCUCAGUGUUACUUUGACAACAUCCAUAAAUGGAUGCCUAUCAUGUCACGGAAACUAUUUUAUCGCAGGUUGACGGAAUUUAGCAAAACUAAGCGUCCGGAUUUUGCGAUUCUACUGCUAUGCAUUCUUUUAUCAAUCCACUAUCCCACAAGUAGCACAGCACAAGAACCGUUAUACAGGGCGGUUCGCUCAAUUUAUUGGUACUUAAAUGCCAGUAUAGACGCAUCCUUAGAGAUGAUUCAAGCAGGGAUUCUGCUUUCGUGUUACGAGUAUGGCUUCGGCAUGCACAAGGAGUGCUAUAAAACUAUUGGCCUAUGCGUACGCAUGGGUCAUUGGAUGGACCUACACAAUGCAAAACCCCCAUCCAAUACUCUUCAAAGUAGUGACGAAUGGAUCGAAGCAGCCGAGAGAUGUAACAUUUGGUGGGCACUGGUCAUACGCGAUAGGUCAACUUUACUACCCGAAGCCACAUUGAGUAAGCCUUUUGCACACUGCCAAGAUUCUAUGCCGAGCCACCUUCCAUUUGAAGCUGUCGAUCUCGAUUCUUCAUUCUCUAGAUUUAGCGAAGAUGGUGUUGCUCGUGACAAAAGAGCGCUUGGUGGGUUUGGCUACCAAGCAGAAGCAUGGCGCUUGUUUGACCGGACAAUCGCCUUUCGUCAACGCCUGGCUACAGCUCAGGAAUCAGAUUUUCUGGGUGAUGACAAGUUCCAACUAGACGCUGAGCUCCAAGACCUCAUGAGAACUCUUGUCGACCUGAACAAGGGUGUCAAAUGUGGUUUCUGCGAACCUUCUGCUGUAGUGCUUGUAUCUCUCCUCCUGCUUCACAGUCGACAUCCAUCUGUCACGGCAGACGCCUUAAGCAAAGGAGAAGUUGGUGGGUUUCCUGCCCAUUGCGUCGUAGCAUCGUCUUUGGCUGUCCAGACCAUAAUCCGUAUGAUUGUCGACAUAUCACAAACUAUAAAUACUCACUACCGCGACGCCAAUGUGAUAUCUUUUCCUCCAUCAUAUAGCCAUGUCGUCUAUCGUGCUACCUUGGAGCUGAUAUCUUUUCACGGUGACAUGGAUAACACGGAGUGGGCUACGGCACUGGAAACGCUACGCGAAGCCACUUGGAACUACGGGAGGAGGUGGCAGGCUGCAGCAAAAAACCUGCAAGUUGUAGACAAUAUACUUUCCAGCAUGCUAUCCGAUUCUCCGUCCACCUUCAACUCAUUUCAACCUAUGCAAAACGACCCAUGUUUAGUCGCUUUACUUUCUAAAUAGGUAAUAUGUAAC